GUUUCAGUCCUUCAUUCACGACCAGCCAUGGAUCCUUCAGUGCCAUUAGUCGUUGACAACGGUACUGGUUUCGUGAAAGUGGGCUAUGCAGGCUCCAACUUCCCCGAGCAUGUAUUCCCCUCAAUUGUCGGCCGUCCCAUCCUGCGUGCAGAGGAGCGCGUCGGCUCCGCCGUCAUUAAGGACACUAUGAUCGGUGACGAAGCUGCGGAGAACCGCAACUACUUACAGGUCACCCAGCCCAUGGAGCACGGUAUUGUGCGCAACUGGGAGGAUAUGAAGCUCCUCUGGGACUACACGUUUGAUGAGAAGCUGCGCGUGAACACGCAGGGGCGCAAAGUGCUCCUCACGGAACCGCCCAUGAACCCGAAGGCGAACCGCCAGCGGAUGUGCCAGGUCAUGUUCGAGGAGUACGGGUUCGGCGGAGUGUACGUGGCCAUUCAGGCGGUAUUGACGCUCUACGCGCAAGGUCUUACAACAGGUGUCGUUGUGGAUUCUGGCGACGGUGUUACGCACAUUGUUCCCGUUUACGACGGAUUUUCUCUCCCACAUCUCACACGACGACUGGAUAUCGCUGGACGCGACGUCACGCGCUAUCUGAUCAAGCUGCUACUCAUGCGGGGAUACGCCUUCAACCGGACAGCAGAUUUCGAGACCGUGCGCGAGAUCAAGGAGAAGCUGUGUUAUGUCAGCUAUGAUCUCGAUCUCGACACACGGUUGUCUGAAGAGACGACUGUCCUGGUGGAAAGCUAUACCCUCCCAGACGGCCGAGUGAUCAAAAUCGGCUCGGAGCGAUUCGAGGCCCCUGAAUGCAUGUUCCAACCACAUCUAGUCGACGUCGAGCAGCCAGGCGUUGCCGAGAUGCUCUUCCAAACAAUCCAGGCCGCCGCUACAGACGUCCGCGCCGAGCUCUACAAGCACAUCGUUCUCUCCGGCGGUUCGAGCAUGUACCCCGGCCUGCCUAGCCGUCUGGAGAAGGAGAUGAAGCAGCUCUACCUCACAAAUGUGCUCAAAGGCGACCCCACGCGACUCAACAAAUUCAAGAUCCGCAUCGAGGACCCGCCGCGCCGGAAGCACAUGGUGUUCCUCGGCGGUGCGGUGCUCGCGGACAUCAUGAAGAACCGGGAGGAGUUCUGGAUAACGCGGGAGGAGUGGUUCGAGCAGGGCGCACGCGCUGUGGACAAGCUCGCGCGGGGGGAGAACUAAAGCGGACGCGAAUAAGAUUGUGUACAUGUAAAACAGGACAAUGGAUGCCCCGAUCAUACUUCUCACAGGCGAGAAGAGGUUGUGCUCUUUGCAU